GUCGUUCUUCCUCCUGCGUUCUUCUUCUCUCCUUAUUCGGAAUUCAUCCUGAUAGAGAACGUAUUGAUCGGAUUUCUCCUUGUGCGUCGUUCUUUUUCUUGGUGCUCCAUCCGUUGUGGGUUUUCUGCCCCAACCUAACUUUCUUCCAUAGAGUUCAGUAAGUAUCGUUUAUUUUAUUUUGAUCAUUCUUUAAACUCUCCAAGUUUUACGUUCCUGGAUGAAUAUAUGUCUAAAUAUGAUUUCUUUUUGGAUAGACAUACUGUAGAAUUUUGACAUGGUAUCGUAGAAUUUUGACAUAUGAUUCUUACUUUGUUUCAAUAUUGUAAACGUCAUGCGCUUCUAGUUUACCGAUUCCUGGUGUGCUAAAUAUUUUCUUAAUAUUUUGUAUUUGUUAUGUAAUAUGUGGAUGUUCAUUAAUCCCCAAGCUCAUAUGUUCCGGCUCAUAUGAAGUAUAACCCUAGCUCCCUUCUCCUUGUAUAUAUACAUAGCUGGAUGUGAAUGAAUGAUACCGUUUUGGCAUUUGAGUUACAAUACGUUAUCACACGAUGCUCUAGAAAACCAUCCACACAUUUCCGCAUAGCUAUCAUCGCCAUCGCUUUCCCUCCUUCUGUCGCCGUUCCAGAGGAAUUCAUCGAUCGAUUUUCGCUGCCCGAGAAUAACGGAUCAACGCUCCGCUCUACUAUCCCUCUCUUCAUUCAACGGCAUCCAUGGCGGAUUGAUCAAAUUUUGGAGAAGAAGGGUUUUUUCAACAAGGUUUUUAAUGAGGCAUACACGUCGUACAAUCUGUGCUACAAUAAGUUGGUGACCUGAAUGGAUUGAAUUCUACAAGAAGUCUUGAAGUGAUGCAGUCAACAGGGGGAGUACAUACAUGUUGCACUCUUUUUCCCUUGACCAAGGUUUUGUCCCACUGGGUUUUCCUCGGCAAGAUUUUUAACGAGGCAGCAUUUUCAAGCAUAUAAAGAGAAUGAUCACCUUUUGUAAUAUUUUAUUUAGCAAUUUACAUCCAAGGGGGAGUGUUAUGUAAUAUGUGGAUGUCCAUUAAUCCCCAAACCCAUAUGUUCUGGCCCAUAUCAAGUAUAACCCUAGCUCCCUUC